AUGUGUAGCGACACGAUCAUUGAGUAUGAGCAAGGAUGUAGGUUCUUGGAAACUGGUGUUUCCAAGCUUACAAGGAUUCUUGAAGAAGAGACGUCUGAGAAACCGUUUACUCGUGAACAAUACCUAGAGUAUUACACAACAAUCUACAACAUGUGCAUCCAGGAAAACCCUCACAACUACUCUCAGAGGCUUUAUCAUAAGUAUCAUGACAUUGUUGAACACUAUGCCAACGAAACGGUGUUGCCUUGUAUUCAGCAGAAGGAUGCUGUAUACUUGCUCAGAGAGCUUUCUCGGAAGUGGGAUCAUUAUAAAGUUUUCGUCAAGUGGUUAUCCCACUUCUUCACCUAUCUUGAACGUUCCUUCAUUUCAUAUAGAAACUACCCAUCACUUCUUGAAGUUGCCAUGAAGUCCUUCCGCGACCUAGUUUACCUUGAGGUGCAAGUCAGUGCCAAAGAUGUUGUUAUGGCACUGAUUAAUAAAGAACGUGAGGGCGGAGAGAUUGAGAGGGAACUACUGAAAAACAUAGUAGACAUCUUUGUUCAGAGUGGGAUGGGAACUAUGGAAAUGUAUGAAAAGGAUUUUGAGAUGUUCUUGCUUGAAGACACGGCGUCUUACUACUCACGCAAGGCCUCAAGCUGGAUCCAGGAGGAUUCUUGCCCUGAAUACAUGAUAAAGUCUGAGGAGUCUUUGAAAAAAGAGAAGGAGAGAGUCACUCACUACCUUCACUCAACCACCGAGCCCAAACUAGUUGAGAUUGUGCAGGAAAAAUUGUUGGUUUCGGUUGCAAAACAGCUUCUAGAGAAAGAGCACCUAUGUGCGUUGCUGAGAGAUGACAAGAUGGAUGAUCUCUCCAGGAUGUACAGGCUUUUUAACCCAAUUCCCAAUGGUUUGGAGCUUGUUGCCAAAGCCUUCAGGCUUCAUGUUACUAGUGAAGGGAAUGCACUUAUCAAACAAGCCCAAGACUCAGCUACUACUGGUAGCGUGGAGGGACAGGUCCUUGUCGGGAAGAUAAUAGACCUGCAUGAUAAGUACAUGGUCUAUGUCACGGACUGUUUCAAGAACCAUACCCUCUUCCAUAAGGCGUUGAAAGAAGCUUUUGAAAUCUUCUGUAACAAGAAAGUGGGUGGAAGCUCUAGUGCAGAGUUACUUGCAACCUUUUGUGACAAUCUUUUCAAGAAGUCAGGAAAGAGUGAUGAAGCCAUUGAAGCUGAGAUUGACAAUGUGGUUAAGUUGCUUGAUUAUAUAAGUGACAAGGAUCUAUUCGCCGAGUUUUAUAGGAAGAAGCUAGCACGUAGACUCUUGUUUGAUCGCAAAGUCAAUGACGAGCAUGAAAGAAGUAUGCUUACAAAGCUCAAAGGACAACAUGGUGGCCAGUUUACAUCUAAGAUGGAGGGCAUGUUGACUGAUAUGGCAUUGGCCAAAGAAAAUCAGAAGGGCUUCGAGGGAUAUGUAAACGGAAAACCAGGUGGGAUUGAUUUGGCAGUCACUAUUCUCAACACAGGUUUUUGGCCGAGUUACAAAACAUCCACCGACCUCAAUCUACCACGUGAAAUGGUCGAGUGUGUUGACGCUUUCAACUCAUAUUAUGGAUCGAAAACCACUAAGAGGAAGCUCAGCUGGACUUAUUCUCUGGGAACAUGUCAUGUUAUUGGAAGAUUUGAUCAUAAACCAAUCGAGUUGGUCCUUUUUACCUACCAGGCUGUUGUGCUGUGUCUAUUCAACAACACAGAAAGAUUAACCUACCAGGAGAUCAUUGAACAACUAAACCUCAGCCAUGAAGAUCUUGUAAGGGUGCUUCAUUCACUCUCAUGCUCAAAGUACAAGAUUCUUAACAAGGAACCAGCCUCAAAGAGUAUCUCUACAACGGAUGUUUUCGAACUCAACACCAUGUUCACAGAUAAAAUGAGGAGAAUCAAGGUGCCUCUUCCUCCAGUGGAUGACCGCAAGAAAGUAGUUGAAGAUGUUGAUAAAGAUAGAAGCUAUGCGAUUGAUGCUUGUAUUGUGAGGAUCAUGAAGAGCAGAAAAGUGUUGCUGCAUCAACAGUUAGUCUCUGAAUGUGUUGAGCAGCUUAGAAGAAUGUUCAAGCCUGAUGUAAAGAUGAUCAAGAAAAGGAUUGAGGAGUUGAUCAGCAGAGAGUACUUAGAGAGGGACACCAAAAACCCCAAUACUUUCAAAUAUGUGGCUUAGUUCAGAGUACCUUCUAGAGGAG